UAUUACCACACCUACUUCUCUAAUGCACUGGUAUGCGUUGAUUGGAUGUGUUGUCCAGGCUUUUUAUGAGAGUAAGAAUGAUUUUGACGCAAGACUAGUAAAAAAAUUGAAGGAAGAACUAAAGACUGAUGACAGCUUGAAUAAACAGAUUAUUAUAAUGGGUUUAAUGUCUCGAUCGCUCUUGAUUUGUGGUAAAAUUGAGGCAUCUAUUCAUUGUGCUGAUAAAGCUAUCAAUUGUGCAUCUUUACGAAAAAAUAAACAAACGGAGACUAUAGAAAAAGAUUUGGUGAUCAGAGGAAUUGUGAAAGAUGUUCAAGAUUUGGCAGAGUUUUGCGUCGGAUGGAUUGUUUUAGAAACAAGAAUUAUUGUACUAGGAAUUGUCGGAAAUUUGUUAUUAAAAAAUAAGGUUAGAACAUUACCAAAUGCACUGGAUGAACAUCUAAGAUCUUCCAUUGACAUUUUGGCUCGUUAUCUGCGUCGAUCGACAAAAUCUGACGCAUUUGAUAAAAUUCCAAAAUUACGAGAAAGAUUUAUAAGGAAACUUGAUGCUCUCGGAAGGAUUGUAUCCGGCAUCGAUGAAGAUGAUAAUUCUGGGUGUGACAGUGGCGAUUACGAUAAACAAAACAAUAAUGAGUACAAAGCCAUAAGAGCCUUACAUGUCUUAAGGGGCAUGUAA